AUGAAGUUCUCCUCUAUUGCUAUUACCGGUGCUGCGUUGGGCCUCGCCCACGCGUCUCCGGUCAAGCGUCAGGCAAUCAGCGAUGCCGAUAUUUUGAACUAUGCUCUGACUCUUGAGCAUCUCGAGGCCACCUUUUAUGAGGAGGGUCUUAAGAACUAUACCCAGCAGGACUUCAUCGAUGCUGGAUACAUGGACCCGUUCUAUGCCAAUCUGCAAGUCAUUGCUUCAGACGAGCAGACCCACGAGCAGUUCCUGACCCAGGCCUUGUCCGCUGCCGGAGCCUCACCCGUCGCGCGAUGCACCUAUUCCUUCCCCGCUACCGACGUGGAAAGUUUCCUUGCCCUUGCCAGCAUCCUGGAAGGUGUCGGUGUGAGCGCCUACCUCGGCGCCGCCGCCUCCAUCAUGAACGGCAAGUACCUCACCGCGGCCGGCAGCAUCCUGACUGUUGAGGCCCGUCACAGCGCGUACCUGCGCUCCUACCUGGGCGAGAAACCCGCUGGGCAGCCAUUUGAUAACCCUCUCGAUUUUGAUGAGGUGUAUACUUUGGCUGCGCCGUUCAUUACCUCUUGUCCAUCGAGCAACGGCAUGCUCCCCGUGAAGGCCUUCCCCACUUUGACGGCAAUCUCGUCCGGGUCCAUCAUGAGCGGCUCACAGGUCGUCGUCAUGGCUGGCACAGGCUUUAAUACAUCCAUGGAUACUUCGGAUAUUUCCGCGGCCUUUGUCACUGUCACUGGCCCUGUCUUUACUUCGGUCACCUCGAACGGCAGUGGAAACUACACCGUGACUGUCCCCGCCGGUGUUUCUGGACAGAGCUAUGUCGUUCUUACCAAGGGCAACUCCACCGUGACUGACGAUACCAUCCUUGCUGGCCCUGCUAUCCUUGAGGUACUUUGA